AUGUUAGAGCAGGAUGAUCCUCCAAGCUUUUUGGCCGCUCAUUUUAACGAGCCAGAUCACAGUGGGCAUAAAUUUGGCCCUAAUUCACCAGAGAUUAAAAGUGUUAUUCGUAGAAUGGAUAAUGUCACUGGAUAUCUGUUGGAAAGUUUACGAAAUCGCGGAUUGUUGAAUCAGGUAAGAGGAUCUAAUCUUAAAUAACAACCAAAUCAAUCAGUUUACUCAGCUGACGACGAUUGUUUCAUCAACAAUUAUGUACGCGAUGAUUAAGUUUAUUUAAGCUUGACAAGACUAUCGGUGUGUCAACCAUCACGGAGCCCUUCCACUCCUUGCCGUUGUGCACUGCUGGCCUGUGUCAUAAACAAAACUAAAUCUCUGGUUCAGUCUGUCUGCAUGUCUUUUGUUCUGGCUGACCCCGCUGUGUAUCAGGAUUGCAGUUCAAUUGCAUGUGCUAUGAUUGACCCAUAAAGAAGCCACUGUUGGAUCAGCCAAUCUGGUUGGUAAUUUGUUGAGUCCAUUGUGGUUCCAGAAGAAGGAUCCCAGCACUGCUUCACAGAACUCACUAACUGGAUUUAGAUUACAUCAGUGAUCCAGGAUACUUUGUGCAUGACCAGAUAAUACCCAAUGCCUAGGGUCAUUAACUACUAGAGCCAAUGGUGAUGCUCCAUCAGAUGUCAACAUGAUGGAGUUUUUGUUCAGAAUAUCCCAUUCACACUCCCAGUGAUUCUGUUACCUCUGCGUUGUGCAUCUUUGAUGCAUAAAAAUCCCUUGGAAAGAUGCAAAAUAAUUCGUGGCAUGCGUCUUGUGGGAUUCAAAUAAUUAAGGUAGAUUGUUUGAUCUGAGGAUGCUUUUGUAGAAUAUCCUGUUCGUGUGAUUUCUGUGGCUCUUUUGUUGCUUCUUUUUAACAAUGAAUAUUGUUUUGUCUUUGUUAUGCUUUACAAUAGAAGGAGUGUAUUUUUAAUUCAGUAAACUGUAAUACAGAGUUUUGGAGUCAGAUUAACUGUCUGAUUACAUUAAGGCCCAAUUUAGAAUUCUUUGUUUUUUCAACUGGGACUCAUUGGUUCUGGACUAAGACUCAUGAUUUUUCACAAGAUGAGUCCCAGGACUCACCAUAACUCAUAACUUUUGUAACAAAAUCACUACACUCCUGGAAAUUUUGCUGAAAAACACCUUUUAGAGCUAGUUGGGCCAUUUUCUGGUUGCUCUCCUCCAAAAAGGAGCAAAACUAGGUGGGUGCUCUCAGCACUGUGCCACCCUUGCUUCCCAACUUUCCCUUUAAAGACUGUUUAAAUCUAGAUGAGUUUUAAUGUAUAAUAGCUAUAAUAGUACGCAUGCUCUCUCAUUAUUUUCUCGUAAUGUCUGCACAUUACUAGCUGGCUGUCCAAGGGAUAUUAAAUCUGUGCUAAACUUGAUAGUGGAAAUCCUUAUAGCUUGGGUAUUACGCUCCCGCAGAAACACCUGAUACUCAGGCUAAUAUCCUUAUGGACAUCCAUGUAAUAGUCAAUUGACAGCUGUCAAAUAGGGUAUCCACUGACCAGUGUCACAUGACUGUAUUGCUAGGUCAAGUGUACGACUCAUUGCAGUGAUGUGUAUUUUUUUUAAGUUAUCCAGCUGUUGGUUUUUAUUGCAGGCUCAGGUCCAUAAUAAAAAGGCCUUAUAAUAAAUAACUUAUUUUCGUCCCUUUGGUCAAUACAGGAAAAUGUCUCACCUUAGUCUGAGAUUUCCCUGUAAUGACCGAAUGGACAGGGUUAAUAAGUGGUAGUUAUUGACUUUGGGGGGAAGUCAGCAUUCCAGCGUGCAUGCUUCUAGCUUUCUUUGAACUGCAUGCAACUUUUCAAAUUUGUGUGUUGUUGUCAAUGGUGUGUGAUGCUUGUAACAGCCAUUCACUCUUAUGAAGGCCAGUACAGUUGGUCAAAAUAGGCGAAGGAUGAAAAAAACAUACUGUUUUGCUCUUCAUUUGUGGUACUGGAUUUAUUCAUUUAUGAAGAGAAUGUCUUUUAGUAAUCGCUUGUGUUAUGUUAUAUGGAAAUAUAUUUAGAUCCAUGAGUUGUUACCUAAUAAUAAUAUUAUGGGACACGUAAAGAGUUACUACAUCUUACCAUAUAUUAUAUGGUAAGAUGUAGUAACUCUUUACGUGUCCCAUAAUAUUAUUAUUAGGUAACAACUCAUGGAUCUAAAUAUAUUUCCAUUGUAUUUUUAUGACCCAUUUUAGGUAAACCUUAUUAUCACAAGUGACCAUGGCAUGGCAGAUGUCAACAACUCCCAUCUUAUCCAGCUGGAUUAUUACAUUCCAUCAGACUGA